AAAUGAUCAGACGUCUACCAAAUGAAGUAAAUCUAUCAAAUAUCAGACACAGAGGAUUACAAAUUUAACUUUGUCGAUAUAAACAUGUUUAUUAAUUGGAUCUGGGAAAUUCUUUACUAUUUUGGUUUUUAUAGGCGGGCAAAAUUGAUGAUAAUAGGACUAGAUAAUGCCGGUAAAUCUACGCUGUUGUCUCUACUUAAACACGGAAAACUGAUCCAGCAUCCGCCGACACCUCGACCAGUUUCGGAGGAAAUGACUCUUGGCGGUAUUACAUUUACAGCCUACGAUCUAGGAGGGCACCAGAUGGCCCGGAGACUCUGGAAGGAGUACAUGCCCGCCAUUAACGCAAUUGUGUUUGUUGUCGAUGCUUCCGAUAAAGUCAGGAUUUCGGAAACGAGAGCAGAAUUAAAGGGAUUAUUAGAAAGUGAAUUUCCAAAAGAAGUUCCAGUUGCUAUACUAGGAAACAAAACUGAUAAAAAAGACUGCUUCGGAACGGAGGAGUUAAUACAGGUGCUUGGUUUACAGCAGUACCUGAAUACGAGUGAAGAAUGUGACACUUCUUGUCGACAAUGCCAAAUCUUUACGACCAGCAUGCUAUAUCGUCAAGGUUAUGGAGACGCUUUCAGGUGGCUUGCUAAACAGCUGAAAUAAAUUCGCUAUACUUCUUUCUAACGUGAAAAACGGGUUUCUAGGGACAUC